AUGGCGUCCUACUCAUACAGCCAAAACAGGGAGGAGGAGAGUCUACUGGGAGCACCACGAGAGCAUGCUCGGAAGCGAUCAAGCUCCCCGAGACGCCCUUUGAUGGCUAUGGCAUUGAUGGGCAUUUUGGUUCUAGCGGCUGUGCACUUCGUGACACGAACUGAGGAUAUCUCAUAUUCCACAGCAGAGGUGUCCAACCCGCAGCAUGACCAGUCUGCGAACCCGCUCCUGUCCAGAUCAAAGAGUACCUCGCAGCACAAACAUGCGUGCAACACCAUCAACGGGGGCUACCAGUGCGAUUCUGCCAUUUCCCACCAGUGGGGUCAAUACUCUCCCUACUUCUCACUCUCAGAGGAGUCUACGAUCUCAGAUGACGUUCCUAGUGAUUGCCAUAUCACAUUCGUUCAAGUUCUUUCUCGCCAUGGCGCACGCUACCCAUCCAAUUCAAAGAGCAAAAAGUACGGGGCUCUUAUCGAUGACAUCCAAGCGAAUGCCACGGCAUACAAAGGCAAGAUGGCAUUUCUGCGCUCGUAUGAAUACAACCUCGGCAGUGAUGACCUCACAGUCUUUGGAGAGCGCCAAAUGGUUGGCUCCGGACUGAAGUUCUACCAGCGCUACGAAGAGUUGACCAGAAAUGCGGUGCCCUUUGUGCGCUCAUCUGAUUCCGUUCGUGUGAUAGAAUCCGGAGAGCACUUUAUCGAAGGCUUCCAACACGCAAAGUCGCACGAUAGGGAAGCCAAUCACCGACAGGACAAGCCCAAGAUAAGUGUCAUUGUCUCUGAAGCAGAGGGCUCAAACAACACUCUCAAUCAUGCCGACGUCUGCACAAACUUCGAGAACAGCGGUCUGAGCGAUGAAGUCGCUGACAAUUACACUGCCAUCUACUGGCCUGCGAUUCGGGCUCGACUUGAGGCUGAUCUUCCAGGCGUUACACUUGAUGACUCUGAUGUGACCAAGAUAAUGGAUCUUUGUCCAUUUGAGACAGUUUCCCAAAGCCACAAUUUUACUAGCCACUCGCCUUUCUGUGACUUGUUCACCGAGGCCGAAUGGACGCAGUACAACUACCUUCAGUCACUGAGCAAAUACUACGGCUAUGGAGCAGGCAAUCCGCUUGGUCCAACGAUGGGAGUCGGUUUUGUGAACGAGCUUAUCGCUCGACUGACCCGUACCCCCGUUCACGAUGAUACGACCACCAACCAUACCCUCGAUGCCCCUGGUGCUGCUACUUUCCCCCUCAACUAUACCAUGUAUGCGGAUUUCACCCAUGAUAAUGGAAUGAUCCCCAUUUUCUUCGCUUUGGGCUUGUACAACAGCACCCUGCCACUUCCUCGCACCCACCUGCAGACCCCCGACAAAGCAGAUGGUUAUUCAGCUGCCUGGACAGUACCCUUCGCUGCUCGUGCUUACGUUGAGAUGAUGAAGUGUCACUCAGACCCGGACCCAGAGCCGUUUGUCAGGAUUCUCGUCAAUGAUCGGGUUGUCCCGCUGCAUGGAUGCUCGGUAGACUCAUUGGGUCGCUGUCGUCGCAAGGACUUCAUCAACGGGCUGACUUUUGCACGCUCGGGAGGAAAAUGGGAUCAGUGCUUUGACUGA